CGUGGCAAGCCCCGCCGUGGCAUGCUGCGCCGUGCUGUCUUCUCCGACGUGCAGCGCAAGGCGCUGGAGAAGAUGUUCCAGAAGCAGAAGUACAUCAGCAAACCCGACAGGAAGAAGUUGGCGGCCAAGCUGGGCCUCAAAGACUCACAGGUGAAGAUCUGGUUCCAGAACAGGAGGAUGAAGUGGAGGAACUCCAAAGAAAGAGAGCUCCUCUCUUCUGGUGGCUGCAGAGAACAGACCCUACCCACCAAGUUCAACCCUCACCCAGACCUCAGUGAUGUAGGCAAGAAGUGUUCAGGAGAGGAGGAGGAGGAGGAAGUUCCCCCCACGUGCCCACCCAGCCCCCGGCAUCCCUUAACCUACCACCAGUCCCCAGAACAUCUACACUUGAGGGACAGACUGGACUCCCAGAUGUCUCCCUCUCCGUCCCAUUCUAGCAGCCCCAGCAAACCUUCAGACUUCUCAGACUCAGAGGAAGAAGAUGAUGAAGGGGAAGAGGAAGAAGAGGAAAUAACAGUCUCUUAG